AUGGCUCAGAAUGCUCAGCUGAACAAUGGGCAGCCGCUUCCUACGCAGGAUCAGCCACAGAGUGAGCGCAACCCUGUCCCGGAGAAUGUAGCGCAACCCCCGCCAAUGGGUCUGCCACCGCUGCCAGGCUUCGCGGCCCCCGCCGAUGGCAGAGCAGUGCGGCAAGAAGGCAUCGGACCCACCGGGGAGCGAUGGAGCGUCACAUACAGCAGCACGACCAUUCCCAACCAGCCACCGCAACCAAUGAUCGCGCGGACGUUUAUGCCACCUACCUUCGCACUUCCACCCCGCCCGACUGGCUCUCCUGCACCCACUGAAGCCAUAGACCGCCUUCUGCCCCGCAUGAGAGUGAUCUUGCAGAGCGCAAGGCAAGAGAUGGAGAAUGUGAGGUUGUUGCUGCAACCUUCUGGACAGCAAACCGCGCAGUCGGCGCCCUUUUCAUCGACAAGUCCUCCAGCAUGGCGGCUCGAGCGUAUUCGCCUGCAUGUACAGACCAUGGCACAGAAUCUCAACCUGGUCGAGCGUGGCUUGCACGUGAUUGCUGCCGAUGCCUCCAUGACAAACAAUCCAGACGUAGUGGCGCUUCGGCAGUCUGCAACUGAGCUAAGAGGACAUCUGGAAGACCUUAGCAGGACAAUGGGUCAGCAAGGGGCUGUUUCCGCUGGCACACAAGGAGGCUUGACGACAGCAGUACCAGCACCAUCACCUCCUUCUCAAGCUGCGGGCAGUGCUGCCAUGCCUACCCUACCCUCCGAAGCACCACAAGAGCUAUUCCUCCUAUCAAGUCCCCAGGGUCCAGUUGGCCUGCUUUUCGAUCAACGUGGACAGAGACAAGAGCAAGCUCAUGUUCAGGACCAUGCUCAAGCACAACCACAAAACCAAGCAGCAAAUCAGGACGCGAACGCGAACGCCAACCAGCCCCCUAACCCUGCUGGCGAUAAUGACCGUGUCGGCAAUAUCGCUGGCCAUCUGUGGCUUCUCUUCAAACUCGCUUGUUUCGUCUACUUUUUCUCUGGUACUGGCUGGUACAAGUCCAUCCUCCUUGGUCUCAUCGCCGGCGGAGUGUAUCUAGCUCAACUCGGCAUGUUUGAAGAGCAAUUUCGAGUCAUUCGCCAGCACCUUGAAGCCGUUCUGCCUGUUGGGGCCCUUGCCGAGCGCGCAGCGCAACCUGUACGACCCGCACAACCUGGAAGGAACAUGACGCCUGAAGAAGCGGCACGGAGAUUGCUGCAACAGCAGCAGGAUCAGCGAGUGGGCUGGCUUAGAGAUAGUGUGCGCACAGUUGAGCGCUCACUCGCGAUCUUCGUGGCGAGCCUGUGGCCUGGUAUCGGUGAGAGGAUGGUGCAUGCACAAGAAGAGAGAAUCAGAGCGGAGAGGGCCGCUGAAGAAGAAAGACAGAGACAGGCCGAAGAGGAGCAGAAGAAGAGGGAGGACGAGGCUAGAGAGCAAGAUGAGAAGAAGGGAGAGCCGACUUCUGCAGUGGAGGAGCCUGCGGAGGGUUCGAGUGCAAAGGGCAAAGAGAGGGCUGAAGUCGCUCCGAUUGAGGACUCGUGA